UCUGGGAUCUCACAUGUUGACGCAAAACUACUAUCAUCUUUUUAUAAAUAAACUAGGAUUGCUCUACAUCGUCCUGAAUAAAAACCGUCACUUGAGUUUCAUUGUUAGUUAAAUUAUUUUCUUAUUUUUUGCUUGAUUAACUUGAGUCAAUCUGAGUUAUCAUAAUGGUCAUCGAAUUGUACCAAAUACCCUUCUCUGCUCCUUGCCGACAAGUAAGAAUGGUUGGUAAAAUCCUUAACAUUCCUAUUGAGACUAAACCUCUUGAUCUGAUGAAAGGCGAACACUUAAAACCCGAAUUUCUGAAGAUCAACCCUUUCCACUGUAUUCCAACAUUGGUUGAUGAUGGAUUUGCUUUAUGGGAAAGUCGGGCAAUCAUGACUUAUUUGGUUAACAAGUAUGCACCUGAAAGCAGUCUUUAUCCCAAAGACGUGAAAGCUCGUGCAACUGUCGAACGAUGGCUUUACUGGGAUAAUGGUUCACUCUAUCCUCCUCUUGUUGCCUACUAUUCCCCUAUUGUACGUUACCGAGUCAAACCAGAUCCAGCAGUUGCAACACUUUUCAUGGAUAAAGUUAAGUUUCUUGAUGAGGCCCUUGCAAAGACCAAGUACUUGUGCGGAGACACCAUUACAUUGGCCGACCUUUCUGUUUUGUGUACAAUUACAGCUGCUAAAGCUAUUUACCUUGAUCUCAGUGCAUUUAAAAGUGUUGACCGUUGGUUGAAGGAGCUGGAAUCUAACUAUGCUAGUUGGUGGAAAGAGUUGGUCACCGGCCCUGAGGAAGGAUUCAGAAGUUUCCUUCGAGAUUAUCUUCCUUAAAACUUUGCAUUGUAUUAUUAAUAGCACUCGGGCUGGCAAUCAUCAUAACGAUUCUUUAUCAAUUCAAAAUUUGUUUCACUAACUUAUAUUGAUUAAAUCAUUUAUGGACUACAA